UGCACCCUACAUCUGUGGGUUCUCUAGGGCGAGGUGUAUAUAAGCGGACUGACUGUAGUAUGGGUCCAAGGGCGCUCAUCCUACCACAAACAUGAAGUUCGCUGUGACUCUCGCCUCCUUCCUGGUUCUCUUUGCGCUUUCAAGCGCACAGACAGAUGUUGGAUGGUGCAGGUGCGGGUCUUUCGUGUCCUCCAGGCAUAUGGAAAUCAUGGUUCUGGAGCUGCCUGAGAUCACCAUCAACGACUGUGACAGCCACAACCAGUGCAAGAACGCCUGCAGUAAGGAGAUCAAUACCAUGACCAAUAACAUGGACUUGUGGUCGACGGUUGAUGGAGAGACAGUUGGCCAGUACUUCUGCAAUGAGCUCUUCCAACACGGUUUCUUCUGGAUCCAUAAUUCUUACAUCCACGGAUAUUAUGAGGUGUGUGGCGGCCCUUGGGAAUACACUGGAAUCGACUCGCAACAGCAAUUGUGCUGCACCAACCAUGAGCACAUCCACUGCGUCUCCAGGAUCUAGAAACAAAGAAGGUGCACCAGAACUCCGAACACGGCGAUCCAACACCCAAUCACACUCGUGUAACACCUCGACCCUUGAGACCAAAUAUAGAAUCCCAACUUAGUGCACGUGCUGAGCGUGUACUAAAGGAGUCAGAGGAAACACAGACAAGGGCAGUGUGUGUCUAAAGAGAAAGAUAUUCUAUUUUACAAC